GGCGGCAAAAGGGCGGAGCGAGUUCGGUUGCACUAACACCGGUACAUAGGCGCGGGCCGGUGUGUCCUUGGGACUUAGAGAGUGGUACGUCCAGCUUGCGAGUGGGAACAUUCGUAUCGCGCGCGAAGGAAGAGCGGUUUAAAAAUGGGUGACGUUGAGAAGGGCAAGAAGAUUUUUGUUCAAAAAUGUGCCCAGUGCCAUACUGUGGAAAAGGGAGGCAAGCACAAGACUGGGCCAAACCUCCAUGGUCUGUUUGGGCGAAAGACAGGUCAGGCCCCUGGAUUUUCUUACACAGAUGCCAACAAGAACAAAGGCAUCACCUGGGGAGAUGAGACACUGAUGGAGUAUUUGGAGAAUCCCAAGAAGUACAUCCCUGGAACAAAAAUGAUCUUCGCUGGCAUUAAGAAGUCAUCAGAAAGGGCCGACUUGAUAGCUUAUCUCAAAAAAGCUACUAAGGAGUAAUAGUUGGCCACUGCCUUAUUUAUUACAAAACCGAAAUGUCUCAUGACCUUUUUUAUUUACACCAUAUAUUUAAAUUGGUCUCAUACACCAUACACCGGAGUUCAGAUCAUGAAUGGUAGAAUGUUUCUUUUGGACAGUCCUGACUUAAAUAAGAUCGGCUUGUGGUUAGAUGAAUAUGAUCAGGUUUUUGAACCUUUAUAGUAAUUCUGGUUCAGCAAGUGUGGUCACCGUUUUCCCCUUCCAAAGAUAUGAUUGGAUUUUAUUAUUAAUGUUCAGCUUUCACAGGGACAGUGAAUACUAUCUCAAAACCUGUAAGAGGUUGGUUUUAUAUUUAGAUUUAUAUAACUGGUUGUAUUAAUAUAUUUAAAUACUGAAGAAAUACCCUCAUUGUCUCAAAGAACAGUGAACAGCAAGACUCACCUGCGUUUCAAGUUGUGUUCAUUAGCCUAUUAAAGGCAAGGGCUGAAGAUAAGUUGACAAUGUCCACUAUCUUUUUGUCUUUGACUAUGCCAAUUUAAUUAAAAUAAGCUGUAUCUAAAAUGUUGCCUUUUACUUAAUGAAAGGCAUUUUAGUGUGGUUUAUGUAUGAUAUUAAAUAAAGAAUAUUUAACACUUCUCACA